GCAGACCAGGUUCCCACCACACGCCGCCCCGACAACAGUCCACGCCGUCCUGACAACAGUCCACGCCGCCGUGAAAGCAGUCCACGCCGCCCAAAAGCAGUCCACGCCGCCCGAAAACAGUCCGCGCCGCCCCGAAAACAGUCCGCGCCGCCCCGAAAACAGUCCACGCCGCCCUGACAACAGUCCACGCCGCCGUUCUGCUGCGUCCGAUGGCUCUUGGGACCCUGCGCGUUCCCUCGUAAGCCCGCACACGCUCUCCCCCCCCGCGAGCCCGCGUUCCCUCGCAAGUCCGCCUGCCUGCCCGCCCGCCCGCCAUGGCGACAGCGCUCCAGAAGCAGCUCGCGACCAUUGCGGCGUCGAGCACCCGCCAGCUCGACCUCAAGGCGCAAAAGUCGGCACACGGCCAGUCGCUGCUGUUCGAGCCCAAGGUCGCCGGGUCGCAGUCGUUUGAGAGCCUGUUCCUCAUCUGCCACGACGGCUUCCGCGAGCUGUGCGGCCUCGACGGCCGCUUCCGCCAGUUCGCCACCAGCCUGUUCAGCGCCCAGAGCCCGGCCGAGGACCGCCUGCAGAUGGCCGCCGCCGAGGUCAAGCGGCUGGACGCCGUGCUGGAGGCUUUCCUGACGCUCGUCGGCCCGCGGCUGCUGCUGAAGCCCGCGCAAAAGGCCCUCGAGUGGCUCGUCCGCCGGUUUCGCGUCCACGAGCACAAUACCGAGACGCUCGUGCUCGUGUUCCUGCCCUACCACCACACGGCGCAGUUUGUCGCGCUGCUGUCCAUCCUGCCCGCCCAGCCGCGCCACGCCCUGCGGUUCCUCUUCCCGUACAUCCAGGCCAAGACGAACCCCCCCCGCCAGACGCUCGUCUACACGGCCAUCAACACGCCCGACUUCUUCAACGCCCUCCAGUCGCACAUGGUGCGCGUCCUCGCCGCCGGCCACGAGUCGGCCCGGCUGCUGCACUUCUGGGCCUCGGUCACAUACCAGGCCAUCCACGGCAUCCUCAGCAGCGGCACCACGGGCAGGCGCGCGCUGCAGGCGCAGAAGACCGAGGACGUGCUGCUCCGCGUCCUGCCCGUGCUCAACAGCUCCAUGCGCCUCGCCCACGGGCCCGACGUUGUCGUUGCAUGCUACCUGAUUGUCCACGCCCUCGUCACCAACGCCCAGCUGGGCGACAAGGUGCUGGACGGCCUGAUGGACGCCAUGGUCCGCGCCCACGACGCCGACUCGCUCACGCAGUGCAUCCUGGUCCUGGCCGCCGUCGCCGAGCAGCGGUCCAGCGCGCACAUUCCGGGCGCCGUCGCAACGAGGCUCCUGAAGACGCCACAGCUGUCGAGCGCACUGACGGCAGCCGCUGCGCAGUGCUCCGUGGGGCGUCUUGCGCUCGGCCUGGCCCUGGCCGCCCUGAGCCGAGCCAGUCGCUCAGACGAGAAGCGCGCCACGUUUGCCGACAUGGUCGACUCGAAGCUGCUCACCGCAUCGCAGACGCAGAUUGCGCUGUCGACGCUGCUUCGAGCCCUAAAGGACAGCGCGCUCGGCUCCGAAGAGCACGCCGAGCUGCUCGAGCUUGCUGCGAAACUCGCCGAGGACGGCGCGCUCGCAAGCAGGCUGCACAUGACGGCCAAGGAGAACGGCGUGGACCUGGAAUCUCUCGGCCUGUCUAUCGACCACGCCACCGAGGAUGCACUGGCAGUCUCCUUCGAGUCCGAGGACGAGGACAUGGCCGAUGCCGACGACGGCAGCGUGCCCUCAACCACGCCAGUGCCCAGCUUCCACGCCACCAGUUUCCUGGACCCCACGGCGUCGACCGACUACAACGCCGUCGCAGCUGCCUUUGAGCAAGCCGUGGCCUGCAAUCAGACCGCCCGCUUCCUGGCCUCUCCUGAGCUCCAGCAGAACGAUGCGGACAGGUCAGAUGUGCAUCUCACCCUCUUGGCCCGCACCUGGUCCACUUCGCCAUCUGCCCCCGUCCGAGUUGCUGCUCUGCGGGCCGCUGCAUCUGCCAUGAAGCGCACUGCAGCCACGGCCGACUUCCAGAACGUGAUCCCCUACCUUGUCCACGCACUCUGCGACACGUCGUCCGUCGUCCGUCGCUCAGCUGCGGCUUGCAUUGCGACGCUCUCCAAGCGAGCUGCCUCAAAGACGCCCAAGGUCUGGGGCUCUGCGCUGUACGGCAACAGGGCGGGCCACAUGGCCGAGCUCAGCGCUGACGACGCUUCCACCUUCCUGACGUCCGUUCUCAGCCCAGUCCUCGAGGAGUGCGUCAUGGACUCCAAGUUUGUUAUUCCCGCAGUGCGAGACGUGCUUGAGGGAUCCACACUGGCAAAGUCCAAGCAGAGCGUCAAAGCGCCCGUGCGAACGUCGGUCCUCGCUUUCUUGAGCAGUCACGUGGCAGCUACACCGCUCCUGAGGGUCAGAGUCAACGUUCUCCCCGUGUUCAACUUUGCCGGCAAAAUCUCAGCCAGUGUCCGCAACGAUGCCAUUGUCCCUCUUGUCCAGCAGUGGUCCGCAGCUGCUGCGUCAGACGUUGCAGCAAGGUGUGCUGACGAGCGCAUCUCGGUCGAGGAUGCAGACAAGGGACACCUCAAUGCCCUGCUUGCCAAGGAACCUAAGAGUGCGCAGUUGCUAGGUGACAUCAUCUCGGGGACCCUCAACGAGGAGCGCGUUGCUUUGGUGGCUGCUGCUUUCGACCAGGUCAACGCAUUCUGGCCGUUGCUCAAAACCGACGCAAGGCUCCCGCUCGCUCAAACCAUGCUUCAUCUCUCGCUCAAGGAGAGCACCGAGCCCUUUGACCAGCUCUGCAAGGAACGCGCUCUCGAGACUCUGCGCAAUGUCAAGCUCGACUCCACCACUCUCGUCACGUUCCUCGACAGCGUUCCUUCCGCGCUGCCCAUGCCCGACGGCCCGCCGAGCAAGAAGAGGAGACGGACAAGCCGCAGCGAGAUGGCGAGAGUGGACGUUUCGUCUACAGAUGAGCUGCAGCGCCUGUUGAGACGACUUACCUUGGUGCUGGAGCUGAUUGAAGGGUCCAACCCCGGGUCGCACCCUGAGUUGUUCAGAAACCUGUUCAACGUCUUUGGCGACCUGCAGCCGCUCAAGCAGCAGUCUGGCUCCGAGCUGGUCUACCUGCAGAGCAUGAUUCUUGGCGCACUGACACCCAUGGUAAACUUCUUCAAGGAGCAUCCCGAGACGACCGAAUACCAAUCCGCAGUCCGAGCCGACCUGCUCAUCGACGCCAUCCGCCACUCCACGAGCCCACAGGUGCAGAACAGUGCGCUGCUGCUCAUCUCGAACCUUGCGACAUGGGUUCCUGACCUGAUCCUACACAACCUGAUGCCCAUCUUUACCUUUAUUGGCUCUACUCUGCUUCGCCAGCAAGACGACUACUCGGCUCAGGUUGUCGACAAGACCAUCUCGCGCGUCGUGCCGCAGCUGGCUGCCUCGCUGCGCGCAAAGCACAAGAACUUCCUGACCGGCGUUUCAGACCUGCUGCUGAGCUUCACCGCAGCCUUUGAGCAUAUUCCGCUGCACCGACGACUCAAGCUAUUCUCUGAGCUCGCCCGCACUCUGGGCCCCGAAGAUUCGCUUUCCGCCGUCAUCGCCCUCCUCGCUGACCGUUACCACAACACCAAGACACAACGCAGGUUCUCGACCGAGCUGCUGCUUGUCUUCGAGCCCCUCCACACACUAGACGCCAUCAAGGGCUAUCUCGACCUCGUCGCUGAUGCGGCUGGGCCGAAGCGCAAGGUUUCUGAUACGCUCUUUGGCCUGAACGAGAAGAAGCCCGCCGAGGUCGAGUCUGCCAUCCAGAAUCUCCUGGUGUGUCUUGCAGACCUCGCGGCAGACGACAGGCUUCGCACCCAUGUCACCAAGGCCUUUCGACGCAAGUCGGACAACAGCAAACCUCGCCAAGUCUUUGCCAGCAUUGUCGAGGUCACCAUCCAGCUGUCGAGGCAGGUUGCAUCUACGCCCAAGCUGUACGAGUGCUGCAGCCGCGUGUUGGCUCGAUCUCUGGAUCUCCUCCCCUCCACCGAGCUUGUCAAGUCGGCCGAGUUGCUUCUUGCAAAGUCGGAUGCUCAGGUACAGGUUGCGGCCAUCAAGUCCGUGCAGCUGCGGGCUGCCUCGGUUGUGCAGAACGACCGCUACGCUGUACAGGCACUGGUCUCGUUCCUGCCCAGUGUAGAGGCGAUAUUGCAAAAGUCCGCGUCGCUGGAUGCUAAGAUCAUCUCUGUCAGCUGCAUCGACAGCAUCGUGGAGCGCUUCGGCAAGAAGGAUGCAUCUGCUGUCGCAUCAGUCGCCCAGACCAUCGCUGGCCCACAGUCGCUGUCGCACAGCGACGACAGGGUCCGUGUUCUCUCCUUGUUGUGUCUGACAUCCAUCGUGGACGUUCUCGAGGAUGACUUCAUCUCGCUACUGCCGUCUGUCCUGCCAGUCGCCUUUGACUACCUUUCCAAGGCUAUCGACGAGGAGAAUGUCGGUCUGCACAAUGCUGUCUACACCCUCAUCUCAGACAUCAUCGAGCGACUCGGCUACAUGUUCUCGCGAGAGUACCUCGACACAACGCUGCGGCUAUCGCACACGUCUGCUGCCGCUGAUCUGGAGGAAGCUUGCGAUGACAGUCGUCGCGCGUUCUACCAGAGUGUAUCGGAGCACCUUGGCGCACAAGAGGUCUUCGCUGCGAUCCAAUCCACUUGGUCGCAUGCUGUAUCUCAAGGCUUCGAUGCAUCGCUUGAGCACCUCGAGUUGCUUCGCUCCACCGUCGAUGUCCAGACCAAAGCCAAGCUCAUCAAGUCCAGCUCAACGCUCUUCAACCUGAUCCUCUCCAGCUUCAACCUGCGCACAGCAGUAGGCUCACAGAAAGAGGCAGAGUACGACGACGAAGAAGUCGAGCAACUCGAAAACACCCUCGUCGAGUCCGCACUCGCCAUGGUCCUGAAGCUCAACGACGCCACCUUCCGCCCCUUCUUCGCCCAACUUGUCGAACAGGAAGGCCCCGUCGGUGCAAAGCCCGAGCGCGCAAUCACCUUUUACCGCUUCCUCGCCGCCUUCUUCGACAAGUUCAAGUCCAUUGUCACACCCUACUCGAGCUACAUCAUCGACCACGCCGCCACGCUUCUUUCUCAACUUGUUAGCGAAGACGCAAGUUCAAAACUCCGCAGCGUCGUUCUCUCGGCACUCCAAAAGACAUUCCAGCACGACCAAGACGGCUUCUGGCAAUCGCCUUCGCACUACGGCGCCAUCAUGGCGCCCCUCCUGGCCCUCCUCACCAUCACAGCGCACGACGACGUCACCACAGACGUCAUCCCCUGCAUCACGGAGCUGGCUGCUGCGUCGGCAUCGAGCCUCGACAACCACCGCGAGAUGAACGCCGUUCUGCUCAAGUACAUGCGCGACGAGGCGGCGCACACGCGGCUGGCGACUGUGCUGUGCGAGCAGAGUCUUACCAACAGGCUGGGCGAGGAGUGGCUCGGCUUGUUGCCGGAGAUGCUGCCGUUUAUCAGUGAGCUGCGGGAGGACGACGAUGAGAUUGUGGAGCGCGAGACGCAGAGGUGGAUCUCGAGCGUCGAGGCGGUUUUGGGCGAGGAUCUCGAGGGCAUGCUGCAGUAGCCGGCGUGCGGGAAAAGUCGGCGUGUUGCACUUGGGCAUUUGCAGGCGCGUGUUAGAUUCGGGGCAUGUAGCUAUAUCCUCACUUCUUGAUCGAUCCAUCUAUCCAUCCAUCCAUUCAUC